CCAAACGGACACAUCGUUGAGCUGUCGAGCGGUAAUCAGGGCUGCGGUCUGGCAGUGGUGUCGGCCGUAUUGGGCCACCCGUUGACUAUAGCCAUGUCUGAAGGCAAUAGCACUCAGCGGGCGGUUAUGAUGCGGGCGUUGGGCGCGGAGGUAGUACUGGCGAAACAAGUAGAUGGUAAGCCGGGUCAUGUGACCGGUGCCGAUCUUAACGAGGUAAAGGUGGUGGCUGCCAAACAAACAGAAAAGUACCAUGCCUAUUACGUGGAUCAACUUAAUAACGAGGCCAACAGUAGAGCGCACGAGGAGAUUACUGGGCCUGAGAUAUGGCGCCAAACUGGCGGCCGAUUGGCGGCGUUUGUGUCAGUCGUGGGAACCGGCGGUUGUUUUGCCGGCAUUUCCCGGUACCUGAAACAGCAAAACCCGGACAUUGUCUGUGUUGUGGCCGAACCGACCGCCGCGCAGGCUAUUAAAGGCGAACCGAUGCCAAACCCUUUGCAUUUGUUACAAGGCUCGAGCUUUGGUGUGGUUCCGCCACUUUUCACUUACAAUACUAUGGAUUAUACGGUGAGUGUUACGGACGAUGAGGCCGUCAAAUACAAGGAUCUGUUGGCCCGCAAAGAGGGAGUGUAUGUGGGCUAUACGUCGGGCGCUAAUGUGGCCGCAGCUGUCAAGUUGCUUGAGUCGGGCCAACUGCCGGCUGAUGCCUGGGUGGUCACUCUACUCAAUGAUACCGACAUCAAGGCGUCGGCCAUAGAGUUGAUUGGAAACACACCUAUGGUUGCAUUGGACCGGAUAUGGCCCGGACCGGGACGUAUACUCGCAAAGUGCGAGUUCAUGAACCCCGGGGGCAGCAUUAAGGACAGGCCGUCGAGAUGUAUGAUAGAGACGGCCAUCUCUAACGGCAAUCUACAACCAAACGGACACAUCGUUGAGCUGUCGAGCGGUAAUCAGGGCUGCGGUCUGGCAGUGGUGUCGGCCGUAUUGGGCCACCCGUUGACUAUAGCCAUGUCUGAAGGCAAUAGCCCUCAGCGGGCGGUUAUGAUGCGUGCGUUGGGCGCGGAG